AGAGCAUCUCCACUCGUCCCCCCGAACAGGCCCCCAGCGAGCGUUUUUUACAUCCGGACGGCGUAAAUCGGCCCAGUCGCGCCCCCGGUUCCUCGUUUUCGUCCGGAUUUGGCCCUUCAUCCAUCCGGCGAGCCCACGCCGUCCCCGGUCCCCCGGGGCGCGCUCGGGGACUCCGGAUGAAACGUUUUGGCGCGAAACACCGUGUGGACCCGCGUAGUCGGCGACAGGAAAACCAAAUCCUGUCGAUUUUCCCUCCAUUCCCUCCAAUUUGCUUGCAUAUCCCCAUUCUCUCCCGCCGAAUUUCGCCAUUCCCCCUCGUCUUCGAGUUCCAGUUCCCGGCGGCGCCUCUCCUCCACCACCGCUCUCCUCCUCAUCUUCUCGUCCACCACAAUGCCGCCGAAGGGGACGACGAGGAAGCCGCGGGCGAGGAAGGAGCGGCCGCCGGGCAUGACGAACGCACAGUGGGCGGCGGACGAGAAACGGCGCGACAUCGAAACAAGCUGCAGGGCGGCGAGGGUGAAAAAAGCCGCCGCUAAGAGGGCGGCGGAGGCGGCCCAGGAGGAGCAAGCGAGGAAGAUGAGCAUGGCCUUCAGCGGCGGCGGCGGCGGCGGCGGCGGCUCCAUGUUCCCCGGCCAAUGGCCGGCGCAAGGUACAAGCAGUUCCCCGUCGUCCUUCUCCCCUACGAUGUACUCGCCGUCGACGACUGCCAUGUUCCAAGAGGGCACCUACGUCCAGCCGUCCAGGUUCACGCCGUCGCCGCCCGAGCUUGACAUCGACGGCAGCGGCGGCCAGUUCGAGGGCACCUCGCCGGUCAUGCGACGAGGGCCGCUCCCGUUCGGUGCCCCGUUCGGUGCGACGCCGGCGCCGAACGAUGAGGCGAUCCACGAGAUGAUCACCUCCGGCUCCGCCGCCGCCGCUGCGAGCCCGAGGUUCUUCAUGGACGCCGCCGCCGCGAGCCCGGGGUUCUUCACGCAAGAGGAGGCGAGGGCGACGGCAGCUGUGGCAGCGCGCAAGGAUCAAGUGGAGGAUGUUGCCGACGGAAGCCAAGCCGUCGAAGAACAAGAAGACGAAGAACCUGGAGAGACAACUCAAGCCGACGGCAACCCGUCGAAGGGGAAGAAGAAGAGGAAGAAGGACUCGCCGCCUGCCGAACCGCGUAUCAAAUGGACGUCGAAGGAAGAGGAGUGCCUCGCCGAAGCUUGGAUGACCGUGUCCAUGAACGGCAUAAUCGGUGCCAAUCAGUCGUUCGACACCUAUUGGCUUCGAGUGAAGCAGGCGUACGAGGAACGCAAACUCGUCGAUCCCUACUUCAACAAGACGAACAUGAACGUGUACCGGGGAGACAAGGCAAUGGCCACCCAUUGGGGGAUCAUGCAGACGGCGUGCAGCAAAUGGCACGGCGUACAGGAGGAGAUCGCGAGAGUGCCGAUCAGCGGCCAUGACUUGGAGCAAAAGCUGCGCCGAGCUUUGGACAUGUACACGGACGACACCGGCCUGCAGUUCAAGUUCCUCAACGUCUACGCCCGCCUCGAGCACUGCGAGAAGUGGAGGGAAGUUCGCACAACCCUCUCGAAGAGCAAGACCGAGCAGUACAACCCCGACGCGCCGGCGGCUUGCGCGUCGGAAGGGCGCCCUGAACUCGGCCAGAAGAAGCCGAAAGAGCCGAAACGGACGGACGAUCCCGCCGACAAGAUGCAGGCGUCGAUCGACAAGUGCUUGGCCGACUUGAGGUCGCACGCCGACGGAAGGCACGACAAGUUCGACGGCAGGUGGCGGGAGAUGCUCGCCAACCAGGGCGCCCGGAUCGCACUGCUGAAGACGACGGCGGCGGCGAAGAAGAGGAAUACAGACUUGGCGUUCCUGAUGGGCGGCGGCGACAUGGAACUGAUGGACGAGGAGACGAGGAAUUGGUACCGGGCCCACCGCAGCGACAUCCUCCGAGCCCCUCCGGCCAGUCCUUCGUCGUCUCCACCGGCUCCUACCUCCUCUACCUCACCAUCUACCUCGUCGACUGCGGCUGCGUCGACGUCUACUGUCGCUGCUUCCUCGCCGGCCGCCGCCGCCGCUUCGGCCACGGCGUGCGAUGAAACUGGUCCGUCGGACACCGCCGUGCCGGCCGGGACUGCCGACGAGCCUGUCUCCGUGUAAUUUCCCUCCGAUCGCCGAUCUGUGGCUGAUCCUUUUGCUCGUUUUGCCGAUCAACUGGCCGUGCUUGUAGCGCGGGACGGCUAUUUGUUUGAAUCUAAACUCUAUCCGCCGAACUCCGGGUGGACGACUGGAAAUACGGUACUCCCCACGACUUAAUUUCAUCCAAUCCGGCGGUAGUUUCGUCCGGAUUUGGGCGUGGGGAGCCCAACGG